GAAGGUAUGAGCAAGAAAACGCCACGCCUGCGAUUCACGUCUGAUCCUGCCGGUCGGUGUCUUUGCCUGUUCAGGUGUUGCUCGCCACAAAAUAAGUGGACAGCCAGACAGAUGUACGAGAUAUCUUAUCGGCUUACGGUCGUCUCGAUCUUUUCGGAGUAUUCCCAGUUCCUUUAUCUUCCGCCGCAGUCUCAGUGCUAAGACUCUGGAUGUUCUCUCUACUGCAGGCCUUUUCACUCUUUCCCUAACUCUCUGCCUCCAGAACUAUUACUCUCGUUCCUUGCUCAGCGAGACUUCAGACCCCAUCAACUUGCCAACAACGCCCAAGGACGGCGCCAUGUCGCACGACCCCGAAGUCGAGCACAAAGCGGCUCUUAGCCAAGUCCACGAUGUCCCCCACGAAAGUUCGCAUGGAUCGGAGAAAGACGCAGGAUAUCCCAAUAAUACCCUAGAUGGCGACAACACUGUUGAUACCAACUUCCAGGCUGGUGUUCAAGAUAUCGAGGCCGUUACUCUUUCCUGGACGACCGGAGCGCUGGUGACUGCCUACAUUCUCAUAUGGAUGGUGUACUUCAUCCAAGGCUUGGUUGGAGGAAUCAGCGGCGCUCUACUACCCUACGUAACCUCUUCCUUCGCCCUCCACUCCCUCACUCCUACCACCAGCGUUCUGAGCUCUGUCAUUGGAGGCGUGACGAAUCUCAGUAUAGCCAAGGUCCUGGACGUUUUCGGCCGCCCGCAGGGAUUCCUUCUCUGCUCCAUACUCGCCACUGUUGGGCUUGUUAUGUCGGCUGCUUGCAACAAUGUUGAGGCAUACGCUGCGUCGCAGAUCUUCUACACCGUCGGCAUCAAUGGUGUUGGAUAUAGUCUAAGCGUAUUCGUCGCAGACACGACAACGUUGCGCCACCGAGGUCUUGUUCAAGCUCUGGCUGCCUCGUCCUCUUUGAUCACAGCCUGGUUGGGCGGGCCAAUCUCUACGGCAUUCCUUAACGGAGCCGGCUGGCGUUGGGCCUUUGGCAUGGAAAGCAUCCUCGUCCCGGCGGUCACUCUUCCUCUGUUUGGUCUCUUCACCUAUUAUUACUUCAAGGCGAAGAAGCAAGGCCUGGUACCUCAGCGGUCGAGUGGACGCACAUCCUGGGAGUCAUUCAAGUACUACAUGCGCGAGUUCGAUGCUGUUGGUCUUUUCACGCUAUCUACUGGAUUCGCCUUCUUCCUUCUGCCCUUCAAUCUCUACACUCUGCAAGCUAAGGGAUGGGACUCACCCAUGAUCAUCUGCUUUCUCGUCUUCGGUAUCGUCUUAUUGAUUCUGUUCGGAAUCUGGGAGCGAUUCUUUGCUGAGAUCUGCUUCAUCCCCUGGAACCUACUUCUGGAUCGCACUGUUGCUGGGUCAUGUCUCUUGUCCUUUGCUCUCUUCUUCAGCUAUAUGUGCUGGAGUUUGUACUUCACCUCCAUCCUGCAAGUCGUCAACAACCUCAGCGUUACGCAUGCCAGCUACAUUAUGUCGACCUACAGCGUUGGCGGCUAUAUCUUCGCUGCCCUUGUCGGUGGCUUCAUAUCCUAUACUGGAAGGUUCAAACCAGUCACUCUCUUCUUCUCAAUCCCUAUGGUGGUACUCGGAACUGCACUACUCAUUCACUUCAAUCAGCCCACGGACAAGAUUGGUUAUAUCGUCAUGUGCCAGAUCUUUGCCGCGUUUGGUGGUGGUGUGAUGACGAUCACAGCCGAGAUUGCCAUCCUGGCCGCAGUCAAGGAACAGCAAUACUUCGCUGUCGCCAUCGCCCUGGUUUCAAUGUGUGGAGGUGUUGGUGGAGCCAUUGGACUAACGGUCUCCUCUGCAAUUUGGCAAGACGUGGUCCCCAAGAAGCUUAUGGAGUAUCUUCCGGCGGAAGAACUUCCAAACUUCUUGAUGAUAUACGCGGACAUCACGACUCAGCUGUCGUACCCAGUUGGAUCACCCACUCGUUUGGCGGUACAGAGGGCUUACGGAGAUGCACAAAGAUAUCUGUUCAUUGCAGGUACUGCUGCAUGGAUCAUCGGUAUAGCUGGCGUGCUCAUGUGGCGAAACAUCGACGUUAUUGGCAUGAAGCAAACAAAGGGCCGUGUAUUCUAAGCCACAUCAACAUCUCGACACAGCUGUUGUUAAAAAAGCGGGAAAUCAUUCUUCCAGCGUUUUUGUCUUGGAAGCAAACAAUCUGAGACCUACAGUACCUGAUUCACCAUGUAUUGGAGACCUCUCUCUUUAAUUCUUGUUACAUUGGCGAGUCGCCCGUAUACUUUGUAUUAUCGUAACCUCUUCUCAUCGUUGAUGUAUUGUUGCGCGCUUGCCAGAAAAACGCCGGAUGCAUGAUAUGCAAACUCAUGAAAUCCUCCCAAGUUCCUCAUAUA